AUGGCCGAACCCUUCCCAACCCCGACGACGACGCCGAAGCGCAAGAGAGACGAAGAGGUCCCGCUGUCGCCGCUACACACUCCCUCCAAAUUCUCAUUCCAGCUCCCCGACCCUAAGAGCGACGCGGAGGACGGAAGCGCAAGCCCGCACAGCAAGGUCGUCCAAAAGUUCCGUGGUCUGGCAUUGGGUGGUGGUGGUGGUGGUGGUGGGGGCGGGGUAGCUCAGCAACAGAACCGAGAGGGCCCAUACGCCGCAUACGACCCGACGCGCGACGAGCACAAGGACGGGGGUUACUCUGAUGACGACCCUUUUGCAAGCCGUAAGAGAUUCAAGGUCCCCGAGUUGGAGAUGAAGGACGUCGAGCUCGACGCCGCAGCCGCAGGACCACCGGUCUUCAUUCCGGAUCCAGACAUCAAGGCCGACCCGGCGCCUACUCCAAAAUCAAAACCAAUCUUGACCGAACCCCAGCCUACCACUGCUACCGCCGCGACACCCGCCACAGGCUCACAACAGCAGCGCUCACAUCCUUCGCUCGACAAACUGCAAUAUUCUAAAUCACGAGGGCGUAGACGUGCCGGUACCCCGCCGCUUAAGGGCCGCAAGGGGGCCAACAACAACAAGGCCGCGGCUGAACCGCAACAGGAGGACCAGGAGGUGAAGGCGAUUGUGGACCCGGUCAGGGCCGCCCUCACCUGGAAGGAGGAAGAGAUUACGAUAUACGAUCCGGAGGACGCCGACGACGACGGCACGGGCAUCAACGGGGUAGGGUUCAUGCCCACGGCCGCGAUGGCCUAUGCGCGGACGCAGAAGCGCCGACUGCAGCUGGCCGAGUACAAGAAGCGGGAGGAAAGCGAGGCAAGGGCCCGGCGCAGCCAGCGAAGACGAGGGAGCGGGGCCGGUCUUGCUUCCAAGCCGUCUGCUGGCCGCGGCGGCGGCGUGCGAAAGGUGCGCUUUACUGAGUCGGAAGCCAGCACGGUUGUGACGAACGUAUGA